AUGAGCCGGGCGGCCCGGCGGGCCGGCGCGGGGCGGGGGGCGGCGGCGCUGCGGCUGCUGGUCGCGCUGAGCCUCCUGCGGGGCGUCGUCGUCGAGGCCCAGGUCAUUGGAGUCCUGGAUGAUUGCUUGUGUGAUAUUGAGAGCAUCGAUAACUUUAACACCUACAAAAUCUUCCCCAAAAUAAAAAAGUUGCAAGAGCGAGACUACUUCCGUUAUUACAAGGUCAACCUGAAGCGGCCGUGCCCGUUCUGGGCGGAGGACGGCCAUUGCUCCAUAAAGGACUGCCACGUGGAGCCUUGUCCAGAGAGUAAAAUUCCCGCCGGGAUUAAAGCUGGGAUUGCAAACAAGUACUCGAAAGAGGCCAACACCACCAAAGAGUUCGAAGACUGUGAGCAAGCCAGCAAACUGGGAGCCGUUAACAGCACGCUGAGUAAUCAGAGCAAAGAGGCCUUCAUUGACUGGGCGAGAUACGAUGACGCACAGGAUCACUUUUGUGAGCUUGAUGACGAAAGGUCCCCGGCGGCCCAGUAUGUGGACCUGCUGCUGAACCCCGAGCGCUACACGGGCUACAGGGGGCCGUCUGCCUGGAGGGUGUGGAACAGCAUCUACGAGGAAAACUGCUUCAAGCCUCGAUCUGUUUAUCGUCCUUUAAACCCGCUGGUCCCCAGCCGAGGAGAAGAUGAUGGAGAAUCAUUCUACACGUGGCUAGAAGGUUUAUGUCUGGAGAAAAGAGUCUUCUAUAAGCUCAUAUCGGGACUUCAUGCCAGCAUCAAUCUGCAUCUCUGUGCGAAUUACCUUCUGGAAGAAACCUGGGGCAAGCCUCGCUGGGGACCUAACCUCAAGGAGUUCAAGCGGCGCUUCGACCCCGUGGAGACGAAGGGCGAGGGCCCGCGGCGCCUGAAGAACCUGUACUUCCUGUACCUCAUCGAGCUGCGCGCCUUGUCCAAGGCGGCCCCCUACUUCGAGCGCUCGGUGGUCGAUCUGUACACGGGCAGCGUGGGCGAGGACGCCGACACCAAGGCCCUCCUCCUGAGCAUCUUCCAGGACACCAAGUCCUUCCCCAUGCACUUUGACGAGAAAUCCAUGUUCUCCGGUGACAAGAAGGGGGCCAAGUCGCUCAAGGAGGAAUUCCGGCUGCAUUUCAAGAACAUCUCUCGCAUAAUGGACUGCGUCGGGUGUGACAAGUGCAGACUCUGGGGCAAGCUGCAGACUCAGGGUUUGGGGACUGCCCUGAAGAUACUGUUCUCUGAGAAGGAAAUCCAGAAGCUCCCGGAGAACAGCCCGUCUAAAGGCUUCCAGCUCACGAGGCAGGAAAUAGUCGCUCUUCUAAACGCUUUUGGGAGGCUUUCUACAAGCAUCAGAGAAUUACAGAAUUUUAAAGUCCUACUGCAGCACAGCAGGUAA